ACAUUGGGUAACCACACGGACAGCUGUGAGGUGUCAGAAUUACAGUAAAGCAGGAACAGCCACAUUGUGCCUUCAGGGCUCGACAGGAACACACAAGAGAAGAAAAGAGGAAGAGCCAGAGGACUGAUAGUUGAGCUGAGGAGAAACACGUGACACUUCAAUGUGAGAGGGGAAACAUUUCUUCUGUUGUAGAGAGAGCUGCAACUCGACUCAAACUGAAGGGAACUAUAAACUGAAGACAUCAGAGGUCAACAGAAGAUAACCAUGCCUUAAUUAACAAAUUCACCACAUCUGUGUGAAGAACUUUUUCCAUUUCAUGGACAACAUUCCAGACUUUCCAGCUUGAUUUGAAGAUGAAUUACAGCACUGACAGCUGUGACAAGAAUGAUGACUUCAAGUACCCUCUCUACAGCGUGGUCUUCAGCCUGGUGUUUGCGAUGGGACUUCUUUUCAACAUGGUGGCUAUGUAUAUUUUCGCCUGUACGCUGAAGAUACGGAACGAAACCACGACGUACAUGAUGAACCUUGUCGUCUCAGACUCCCUCUUUGUCCUCAGCCUGCCGUUUCGAAUAGCAUAUUUCAUCAAGCAGAAUUGGGUUUUUGGAAGCGUACUCUGCAAGAUCUCCGUGGCUUUGUUCUACACCAACAUGUACGGGAGCAUCCUCUUCCUCAGCUGUAUCAGCGUUGACCGAUUUCUGGCUAUUGUUCAUCCGUUCCGGUCCAAAGGAAUACGAACCAAGAGGAAUGCCAAAUUAGCCUGCCUUAUGGUGUGGGUGAUGGUUCUCUCUGGCAGUAUACCCACAGGGUUCCUUCUGGACACCACCUCGCCAAACAACACCAACUCUACCUCGAAUUUCUGCUUUGAGAACUACUCGAAGAAACAGUGGAAGGCUGAGCUGUCUAAGGUGGUAGUGUUCAUCGAGACUGUGGGCUUCAUUCUUCCUCUGAUGCUCAAUGUGUUUUGCUCAAUCAUGGUGUUAAGGACCCUUAAUAGACCCCAAACCAUCAUCCGUGGAGGGUCCCUCAACAAGACAAAGGUCUUGAGGAUGAUCAUCGUACAUCUUUUCAUUUUCUGCUUCUGUUUCAUUCCAUACAAUGUUAAUCUCAUUUUCUACGCCCUGGUGCGCUCCAACGUCCUAAAAGGAUGCUAUAUGGAACAAGUGGUCCGAACUAUCUACCCCAUUGCUCUCUGCUUGGCAGUGACCAACUGCUGCUUUGAUCCAGUCAUUUACUAUUUUACUUCAGAGACAAUCCAGAGUUCCAUUAAACGAAAGACUACAGUAUGGUACAACGGAACAACCAAACUAUUUGACAGGAUGCAAACGGACAGCACACAAAACAGUCCGAGCACUUUGCAAAGAAGCCUUACACUGAAGAGCAUGAGAGCCAAAAUAUAUGACGAGUCCACAGUUUGAGCACACUUCUAUUGUGCAACGAGACUGGCAGAACUUGAGCUGAAUGAAAGAACAGAAACGAAAGCAGAGUGACUUUGAAAGACAAACAAAAUGGUUAUUAGUCACUCUCGCCCAAUGGACGUCACAGAGACUUUGAACUGGGAUUUAAGACACUGAUCCUUAUAAAGCCAAUAAAAUAAUGGAAAUAAGUGUGUUGCAACAUGAAACCCUUGAUCGGGGCAGAAAUGUGUGAGAAAAUCUACAAAACACUUGGCUUAGUUGAGGAAUGAUAGGCAAGUGCUGAUACAAACACGCAUCAGCUUUUGCACAAAUUACGUUGUACUUGUAAAAACCAGUUUUAUAGUUCUUUUAAGGU